GAUGGCAGCCUAGCGUGGAGAAGUGUUGUGCAGUUAUGUAAACAUGUCACUAUUGAGACUGUGUGCCUUAUCGAAGUGUCUGAGUGGUCGAAUAUUGUUUGAAAGAAGUCUUCGUCGUGUGUCAAAUGCUGGCCAUUGCCACUACUUUCUUACACUCCGGAAUAACGUUGAAAGACGAAUAUCAGCCUGCCUGUUACGCGAAUGCAGUAGAAGCCAAGAUCCACCAUGGACAUCACAACGAAGCCAUUUCUCAGCUCUGAUCCCAAAGAAAGAGGAUGGGAAAAAACGAGUAUGGGAACAAUCUCAGCUGUUAGAUGUGCUUGAAGCCAGAAUCCAGCAACUCCAAUCUGACAUUGUUUUAGAUGUCCAACAUGCAAAGGUACAAUUUGUCAACGCUUCCAAGUCGGGGAGAGGGGCUUCUUCAGGGAAGAGUCACAAAAAUGUUUCUGGGGUGAGGACUGAGUUGCCCAAGGUGGAACAUACUAUUAGUAAGGGAGGGGGCAAAGAUGCUUCAGCCUCCAAAUCCCGCUGGAUGGAGAAACUGAUUCAGGAGAAGACGACUAAAACAAAGAAACUGAACCUGAAGCUAGGCAUAGAAGAUAAACCUGUGAAAAGCAGAAAAGGAAAACUGAUGCUACCAGGUACCGCACAAAAAAACAUAUCGACAAAAGCAGGAAAAAAGACUGCAUCGACCUCUAAAAAGAGCAAGACUCUGAAAAACCAAGAGCCAACUGCAAACCAAGCACACACUAUGGCAGAUGCACCGGUUGCUGCUGCAACUGUGCCUAUUAGAAAAGCCAAAGGAAAGGGGAAAGCCUCAAAGGAGCCGGCUCCUGAGUUGUCUGAGGCCAGGGACCAGGAGCUGGCUGAGGUGGAGAGGAAGGCGGAGGCCAAGGCCCAGGAGCUGUCUGAGGUGGAGAAGUUGGAGAGGAAGCUUAACCAGUGGGCUAUGUCGGCCAGCCCGGAGCUCGUGCAGGAUAACAGCGAGGCCAGGAUGUACGAGGGCGUCCAGCUUAGUGUGCAUUGCUACCUGGAGGCCUGUGUGGUCUGUGGCGACAUUGACCGAGCCCAGCGCCUCCUGCUCACUCACCACCGCAUGAUCAGCCGACGCAACCUGCUCAACAUAGGACUCUACAACGUCAUGAUGAGGGUCUGGGCCAAGAAGGGUCCUGCGUCAGAUGAAAGAAGAUGGCCUGUGUGUGGAAGAGCUGUUCAGAUGCUGUGUGUUAAGGCAGGAUGAGAGGGACAUGGUGCUGAG